AUGUGGCUGCCCCUGCUUGUGUGCCAGCUUUGCCUGAUUCUGCGGAGUGAGGCCCAGACACCCAGCACUUUUUGCAACAUGCACUCAACAUUCAGACCACCAGUGAACUCGGACAUCACAGUGACCUGUGGUACUGAGGUUAUGGAGUUGAGUAUCUUGUUAUGCCCAGUCUACUUUGGUGGAUACAACGAAACCCUGAUGGCCCUCAACGCACAGUUCAUCCUCUCCGGGUGCCAUGGAAUACCUGACUGGAACAUUGACCCUCCAAUCCUGAAAUUCAAUCUGUCAAUAACUGCUGAUGCUGUGGCUGUCUGCUCCAACACAUUCAGGAUAACCAAUGAAGUUGGUACUGGGUUAUUUUCUGACUUCUCAAAUGUCCAGUUUGUUAAUAUAUCUGGCACCAUCAACUCGCUGGACCCCAGUGCAUCUAUUGUCACCUACCGCCGGCAGAUCAUCUACAUGUUCUCCUGUCGCUACCCUCUGCAGUAUCUGGUCAACAACAGUAAAGUCACAGUAUCGGGUGUGAGUCUUGCAGUGAGGGACAAUGAAGGCAGCUUUGUCAGUACACUGAGCAUGUGGCUCUACAGUGACACUGACUACACUCAGCAACUCAUUGUCCCAGAGAAUGGAAUAAAUCUGAAGACCAGAAUCUUUGUGGCCGUGAAAGCCACCAGUCUAACAGAGAGGUUCCACGUUCUGCUUGACCGAUGCUAUGCAACAACAAGUCCCGUUCCCAACAACAGCACCUACUAUGACCUCUUUGUUGGGUGUACACGUGAUAGAAAAACCAGGGUCGAGUUGAACGGAGCGUCUCAGAAUGCACACUUCUCCUUUGAGGCCUUCCGUUUCAUUGAACACAAGAACAUGACCAUCUCCACUUUCUACCUGCACUGUGUCACCCGACUCUGUGAGGUGUCCUCCUGCUCGUCCUUACUGCCCAACUGUUCAGGUUCCUCCAGGAAAAAGAGAGAAGCCCAGGGAGGGUUGGCCAACGACCAGGCCACAGUCUCCUCCGGACUCAUCAAGACCAAAGUGGACGACGGUGCGGCCAUACUGUACCAGUGGUCUUCCAACAGCUUCAUAAUUCUCAUUCCAGUCCCAGAGAAGCCCAAUGGGCCGUGUGGCUGUCAGUACUGCGGUGCACCUGUUCCUUGUACACUCUGGGAGCCAGACAUGAGGCUGAGGUCCUUUGAGAUGGUGAAGACGGACCGUCAGCUGCACUGCAGUGACACGCUGGCCCAGCUCUGUACCUCCCUCUGCUUCUCCAGUGUCAUGGAGUUCAUGAGCAACCAGCCGUCUCACUGA